AUGGGCGAUACAACAAAGGGGCAGCCCAGGAGGAAAAAACCACUACGGCCUCUUGGAGAGCGAGGAGUCCGCUGCGGCCGCAACAAGAGCAAAUUGAGCGCGAACGCAAACUAUUGUGCGGUACGACACGAGAAUCCCGAGCGCGGGCGCCGAUUGCCGGACGUCCGCGGCCGGGCGGAAUCCGCUCGCCGCGGCUUCGAUCCAAGACAGUUGCGUCACAUCCAUCGCCGGCCGACUAUCAACCGCGUCGGA